AUGCACAUACUUGCCACUGUCUUUCUCUUUUCCCAACUUUGGUUUCUCCGAGCUCUAGCCAUUGUGGCAGCAAACGAAGUUGUACCUGGUGAAGUUGUCUGUCGGUACAAUGCUACGACGGGUCCUGAAGUCAACUACUACACUUGCACGCUGCUGUCUCUCAAGUACCAGCUCACUGUGGAUAAGUUCUUUGAGCUGAAUCCCAGCGUAGACAGAGACUGUGAGGGAAUCAAACCAAACACGGAUUACUGCGUCAGAGGCUGGAUCCAGCAGCCUAUCUCCCAGGACGGUUUGUGCGGGCCGUUGCACGGCAAUACUACGUGCCUUGACACAGUCAAACCCUGUUGCAACUCGGAGACGUGGAAGUGCGGCGACACCUUGUAUGGAGCUCGCCCUGGAAGCUUUUAUAUUUCACUAACAUAG